AUGGAAGAGAGGCUCAAGCAGAUCGACAGUGAGCUUGACACGAUCGAGGAAGAGAUCAGCAUUCUUCAAGCCAAACGCGCGUCAUUGCUCGAAGAGCGGGAGUCAUUGAACGACAAUGCGUUCCUGCGAUCAGUCAAAGAGAAUACGUCAACAGCAUCGACAAAGACGACGAAUGUAGAGUGUCCUUGGACGAAUGAGCUUCGACAGCUUGCCUUGGAGCAUUGGAGUAUUCAGCGUUUUCGACCUUUACAGGAGCCUAUUAUGGAUGCAGCGUUACAACGACAAAGGGACAUCUUUGUGGUGCUACCUACAGGAGGAGGCAAAUCAUUGUGUUAUCAGUUACCAGCAUUGUACGAGAGUGGAUUUACCUUGGUUGUGUCACCCUUGGUGUCGCUGAUCAGUGAUCAAGUCUAUCAUCUUCAAAAAGCACGUGUCCCAGCCAUGUCAUUGACAGCUGCCAGCUCCAAAGAAGAUAUCAAAUACGUCCAGGAUGCGAUGCCCAUGUCAACACAAGAUGUCAAGCUGAAGAUGGACAAGGAGAAAUUCAAGCUUCUUUACGUGACACCUGAAAAGAUCGCCAAAAGCAAACGCUUCGUCAACAAGCUUAAUCAGGCAUAUGAUACCGGAGAACUUUCACGAAUCGUCAUCGAUGAGGCUCACUGCUGCUCUCAACAAGGCCACGAUUUCAGACCUGACUAUAAGCAGCUCACAGUUUUAAGGAAUUUGUUCCCAAAGACACCCAUCAUGGCAUUGACAGCGACUUGUCCUUGGAGCGUUAUGAAGGAUGUGAUGACUAUCCUUGGUAUGAAGCACCCACCGAAACCCAAUGCUACGCUUGUUUAUACUGCCCCAUUGUAUCGCGCAAACCUCAUCUACAAGGUGCUGGAGAAACCUGAGAAGGAUGCCGAUGUGCUUCAACAUAUUGUCCAAUGGAUCAAGACGUAUCAUGCCAAGUCAUCUGGUAUCGUCUACUGCUUCUCAAAGAGAGAUACAGAGACUAUGGCUGCAGGAUUAACUAUGAACGGCAUAUCAUCGGGGUAUUAUCAUGCUGAUUUGGAAGAUGACGAGAAAGAAGACAUGCAUUCCUUAUGGCGAAAUGGCACCGUACAAGUUAUUGUUGCUACGAUUGCAUUUGGCAUGGGCAUUGAUCAUCCAAAGACCCGUUUUAUUAUCCAUCAUUCGAUAUCCAAAUCACUGGAGAACUAUUAUCAAGAAAGUGGACGAGCUGGACGUGAUGGCAAUGAUGCCGAUUGUGUACUUUUCUAUCGUGCUCAUGAUGCUUAUCGACUUUCCACCAACAUUGUCAGUGAAGUGAAUGCUGGAGAGAAUUUAUAUGCAAUGGUCAAAUAUGCUCAAGACUUUACGACAUGUCGCAAGAUCCUCUUCGAGCGCUACUUUAGCUUUGAUCCAUCGAUUUCCGCACCUCAUCAGCAUGCAGAUAUGCUUGUCAACGAGACCAGCGUCGAUGUUCCCUGUGGGCGUUGUGAUAACUGUACACGUGGCGACACUGUUUCUUUCCAAGACAUUACCGUGGAAGCACUCACACUGGUGCGUGUGUGCCAUGAACUCGCUAAGCAGCAACAACGGGUGACUUUUUCAAAGCUUCUACAAAUUUGGCAAGGAUACGGGUUGAAAGCCGUGAAUUUGGAAAAGUUACGACAUGAUCAAAGCAUUCAACUGCCCGUCGACAAAAAGUAUUCGAUCUAUGAUCUCGAGCGUAUUGUCAAUCAUCUUGUCGUUGAAGGAUAUCUCGGAGAAGACUUUUACUUUGGUGCAUACAAAGUUAUCUCGUACAUCGUGAAAGGAUAUCGUGGAUCACAGCUUGAUGGUGUUACGCUCCAAUCGAUCAACGACGGAAGUUGCAAAGUGAGUAUAAAGCUAGACUUUGAGGAAUCGAAUGAGGAGCCACCCAAAAAGAAACUUCGCACAUCCGGCAAACGAGCAACAAAGAUACCUCCUGAAUUGAUUGUUCUCGAUGAUGACUAG